AUGUAUCGCGGGCGUACAUGUCGCGAAAACUGCAAGAACAUGGCGCAUUUGGAGGAAGUUCUGCAAAAACUGCUUAUUCCCGACAAUACAGUGAUACAACAAGUAAUACAGACAUUCCUCAUUUAAUUCAUCUUUCACUGAAUUUGUUGUUAACUUGCUGCAUGUAAGUGGUAAUGUGUCAUUCAUUCCUAUUUUUAGGCAACUGCUCAACUCCGCGAGGCCUUCAAAAACCCUGCAGUUGUUCCGGAUCUCGUCACGGUGCUAGGAUCGUCUCAGAAUCCUCAGGUAAAGUUUGCUUCAUUUGCCCAAAAUCUUCCUCAUUUGAGCGACUUGACGUGUUGUGAACUAUACGUGAUUUAUCCUGAUUUCAUGGUGGUUAUGUGACCUAAUCUGCUAAUUAAUGAUGCUCGCACAUAUGACCAAUAUUACAUGUCAUUAUUUUUACGGCAAAAACAAUAAUAUUGUGAAGCUAUAAGGUCAAGAGUAAUCAAGAUGAUCGAUUUUGUAGUUCUUACUUGAGAUCUUUGAAGCUGAAAGUCUUAUCUCCAGGCUGUGUCCUUCCUCUAAAACAAAUCCAGUCAUAACUCGCCGUAAAUCACCACGUGGAGGAAAUGCAGAGGCCGGAAAUACAGGGGAAAUCGCAGCUAUUUAUAUUUCAUUUAAAUUGAACUAAAUGAACUAAAUGACAGGUUUAUAAUGUCACUUGAGACCACACUGGUUCUCAUUAAUCAUGUACUAAAAAUGUUUAUCUUUAGUACCACCCCAGGCCCUUUAAAAAAAUUUGUGGACUUGGGACUUGUUGCUUUUUGAUGGCAAUACCUUGUUUCUGAGGAAAGUUGCCAUAAAAUAAAUACACCUUAUUUGAUGGUUUAGCAAAUAAUACGUGCGUAUAUUUUGCGAGUUGCGUAGUAUUUUUCCGAGCCCCGCAGGGGCGAGGAAAAAUACGAGCAAUGAGCAAAAUGUCCGCUCGUAUUAUAUGCUAAACCAUCGAAUAAGAGGUUUAUUAUUAUUCUACUAUUUUUUGGUAAGAGUAUUCAGAGACAUCCUGAUUCUGUCUGUGAGAAUGACGUUAACAAUUAGCGAAAUGUUCGCGCGUAUCAUAUGUCAAACCAUUGAAUGAGAGGUUAAUUAUUUACUGCAAAGGCAAAAUGGUAUUUUGGCUUCUAUUUUCUAAGAGGGGGGCGUAAGGGGGGUACGAAUACCGCAAUACCGCACGUGGUAGCGCGAGAAUACCGCAAUACCGCAUCAAAAUUUAGCCAAAUACCGAAACCGCAGUUACAAAUGGGAAAAAGUUGACGUUGUCAAUACUACAAACCGUCCUUUCAAAUAGAAAUAAUACUUUUAUGUCAGUUUUCCAAAUCAAGGUGCGUCGAUGUCAAGCGUACGAUAAACAUAAGAUCAUCGCUUUUCGUUUAGCUUUGUUUAUUACAUGUAUACGUUUCGUAAAUGAUACAACAGGAGUUUUCUAGUAUCACUUUAUAUAUUACUGGACUUGGAUCAUAAACGGACGUUAGGCGCGCUAAAUAAUAAGUCGAAAUAAGGCGGGCGCGGGCGAGGAGAUUGGGGCGGGGCUGCUUGCCGCUCACGGUGGUGCUACCGACAAAACCAUGUAAAACUGCCAUGCCGGGGUGGGGGGGGGGGGUACUUGGGUUAAUAUUUGGUUGGUAUGUGCCGCUGGCCUCUCAGAGCCCCUACCCCAUUACAGUCUAUUCUGUGGCCAAUUAUAGACCCCAUCUUAGUCAUUUGAACAAAUAUUUAAUUUUCGCGAUCCCAACUUCGUCACUUUCUAUUUUUAUGAAUUGACCUUGUUUUAGAUUGAAUGAAGAACACUUUACUUUUCAUCUACAAUACAAACAUUCUGGUACCUUUGCUAACCGUAAAUAUGAGGAACUGUCUUACCCCAAAAAAGCAGAAAAUGUGCGACCCCAUUCUAAAAAAACUCUCUGAAAAUGCGACCCAAUUAUAGUCAAUCCAGUCGUGAAAAUGUGACCCCAUCCAGCGGCACAUCGCUAUUAGCCUCUUGUGAGGAAGUACCACCCCCCCCACCACCACCACCACCAUCCCCGAGAUGCUAUGCUACGUAGGGUAAGCAGGGUAGGGUAGUUCCUGCAUGCACAACGAGAAGGACAAGUAGUAAUUUUUAGACCACGCCAUCUUUAUAGAUUAUCUUUCUACACUACGCAAUUUAUAAGGAUCUCACUGACCUCACUAUUCCCUGGAAUAUCUGACUGAUCACUUAGUUGACCCCGCUGGAUCGCUCUCUAUUGUUUGGCGACUGGCACAAAAGUGGUGGUAAGAUUGGGUUAAAAGAGGUUAACCAAGCUGACUAUUCCUACAAGGUCCAUGAAGUCGUAAAUAAUGCGACAUGUUUACGUAUUAUUGGAUGAAAAAGUUAAUGUCGUUAAUCAUAUCAAGUAUUCACUGAAAUUAGAAGCCAUACGAUUUGUCUGCACUGUUUGCCCAAUACAAUCCCCGACUGUGCACUCAGGUCACGCAGGCUAGCCAGGGAGACCUUUUAGGAUUUGUAUCCUCUUGUCGUGAAAAAGAAGCAGAUCACCGCGACACAAAGAUUUUUUCACCGACUACCGCGGCGUAAAAUUUAAACUUACCGCAAACCGCUUGGACUCUGAAAACCGCAAUACCGUACUUUGAAAUAAAAAUUACCGCAACACCGCACCAAAAAUAACCCAAUACCGCAAUACCGCAAACCCUUACGCCCCCCUCUUCUAAUGAGAGUAUCCAAAACAUCCUGAUUCUGUCAGCCACAGUUGCUCCUUUUGCAUCUGCCGGUAUUCGCCCUGUUGUAAACCGGUUAAACCAGGACACUACGGUGUAUUACUGCCUUGUAUUUUGCUUGUUCUCUUGACCUUAUAUGGUAAAAUGACAUAAUAGUGGAAUAAUAAUGCCAUUUAAUAAACUCAUGUGCAACCACCUCGCACAGAUGAGUGUCUUGCCCAAAAUCAUAUUGCCCAGUCAAAGCAAUAGGACUUGUAGUUAGAACUCCUUGAAAGCAGCCACCUGCAGUUCUUAGCAUGUGGGUUGGUCACGUCUGGGAGGUUUGACUUUACCUGUCUGGCUACUUCCAUGUUAUUGAACUCAUGAUCUUGCUGUGCUUUGUCAUGAGAUUGUUGUGACAUAGCCAGGAAUGUUAAAGUCUUUCCAGAGUGAUAUUUCUUUUUUACAGGUGGCUUACUGUCCAGAAAAAAGUGCUUAACAGGUCAAUUUUAUUAUUGACCUGUUACAGUGUUACUUUCUGUACUUUUUUACAGGUAAGACAGUAUGCUGCAGUUUUGUUAAGGAGAAGAGUUGUUAAGCAAUGGACAAAACUCACACCUGAGGUUCAUACCAUGUGAGUAAUCACUCACUUUGAGAAAUUACAGUAAUGAUGCACUGGUAUAAGACUGUGGUUUCAUUUAAAGUCAUCUACAGUAUAACAUAUCUGCACCUGGCAAGACUGAAUUAAAUGGUUCAUAUAAUAGAAAUAAUGUUUGAGAUAUUUUUUUAGUUGCUACUUUCAUUGUUUCCACAAAAAGAUUUUGCAGGCUGGUCAUAAGCCAAAAAUUUGUUCAUCAUCAGUGGUGCAGUCAAACACACAGAUAAUCAGCAUUUAACUGAACAUACUUUGUUGUUUACAAUCUAUCGGAGAUCCUUUUGCUUUAAGGACGGCAAGUUGCAGUGGCAGGUCUAGACUUUCAGGUUUUUGAGGGACCUGCUCAUCUAGACCCUGAGGUAAAGAGGGGGCCUGCACUCAAAAAAAAACAUUUCUCUUUACCCUGUGACCCUCAUUUCAGCCUGAAAAUGAGGUGCUGAUCUGAAAUCCCAGGGCCCAUCCUCUACUUCCACCACCAAGUUAUCUGGCAGAUUACGUGACCAUGAGAUUGUAUGAUCUCAACUGUCAGUUGAGUUUAAUCACUGAUGAAGACAAAAUAAAUCAUGCCAAAUAGAAGGUUGAGUAUUUAAGAUAAAGUACAUUGAAAAUACUGGAAAACUUAAUAAUUCUUUUAUAUUGCUUUUUUUUUGUCCCAGGUUAAGGGAGUCUCUUUUGCAAGUGUUACUUCAAGAACCUGAGUAAGUCACAUUUUAUUUUUAUUAUUCUGUUGACCAUUAUUAAUCUUUUUAUGCUGUUGGCCAAUUUGUUCUUGUAUUUUUCUUUAUGAUUUUCUAGGCCAGUUGUCAGGAACUCUGCAGCACAAGUAGUAAGUGUCUGUCGUCUAAGGUUGUAGAAAGUGUACAGAAUUGUUUUUCUUUGUUUGUUUUUAGUUAUUUUCUCGAUCUCUAUAAGAGGUCUCUGGACAUAAGUAGCAAGCUGACUCUCUUGUGGUCAGAUGUACUAGUACCACCCCCCUUAUAGAAUCUCAUUAGUAAUUUUUGAGCUCUUAACAUAAGUCAAAGUUCUCCAGAUGAAGACACUUUCUGGUUUUUGGGAGUGUUUGUCUGUGGAGUUUUAAUGAACUUAAUUUUUUAUUUUGCAUCUGUUUAUAAACAUACCAGGAAUUUCCACCAGUUACUAAGAAUGAUUAUUAAUAUGCCAUGAUAUGGAUGUUGUUGAGAAAAAUUAAAAUCAUCAGUGAAAUAAAAAGUUUAUAUAAAUGUGUUGUUAGUUAAAUUUGUUCUUGAUGGUAUGUUGACAAUAAUUUACAUUAUUAUCAUUUGGUAGGUAAGUGUGAUGGCAAAGCAUGAUCUACCAGCAAAUCAAUGGCCAGAACUUUUUGGUUUUCUUCGACAAUACAUCAAAUCACAAGAGCCACUUCAGAGAGAGGUUAGCUGCAUGUCUGUAAUCAACAUUGUUCUUUCUUCUAACUUGAAAAUUUACAAAUUACAAUAAUUAUUAUGAUAUUAUAAACUUGCUGACUUUUUACUCAACAAUGCUUUGCGAAGCAUAGUGUUGACAAUUGAGCUGAACACAUCCCAUGACGUUGUGGUCUUGUGUUAGAAUACCUUAAGAUAAUACGAUUGUCGAUCUUUUCCAAAUGCUUUUGUUUGUUCAUUCUUUUUAGAUGGGUAUGUUUCUUCUGAGUUCCAUUACUGAAUCAGCUAAUGAGCAGUUAAGACCUCACUUCCCUUCACUCUUCCAACUUUUCUCCAGUACACUAGAGGAUCAAGACAGUAAAUUGGUUCCAUUUUACACUAUAAGGUGAAAGUUUGUUUCUUGUUCAAAUUUUUGCGUAUAUUAAGCAGCCAGAAAUUAUCUCAAUCAUGCACUUCAGUGUUAAAUCAAUGUAGCUUAUGACCAGGGGUAAUAUUGUUAGUAGCAUCAUCAUCAUCAUCAUCAUCAGCACUAUUGUUAUUAUUAUUGUGCACACCGAUUUUUUUCAUAAUUUUUUCUCAGUGUACUCUAUUAUUGACAACCAUUCUUAAUUAAUCAUUUUCUCUGUACAACAGAGCCUUGACAUGUCUCAUCGAAUGUGUUGGAACUGAAGAAAUUGUAAGUUUUUGUUUCCACAAUAAUAUUAUAUAAAUGUUUAAUGAGUUUUCAGUGAGAGUGUGAUUAAUAAAGUGUGCAACAGUUAGUAAAUGCUAGCAUUUAUGACAUCUCUCUGACAGCUGCAAGUGCCUUGGCAUUAAAGCCAAGCAGUCUUGAUUUGAAAACUUGUCAUUUAAAAUGUGUACAAUAAUGCACUUUAAGCUUGUUCUAAGGAAUGAGGAGUCCUGCUAUUCAUUGUUGGCUAAAUAAUGUGAUAGAUAUUUCUGUGUCUAGUGUAAACCCUCCGAGGCCCAAAAGUGACAAUAUACAAUAUUAAUAUCAAUUUUCUCCCAACAUUUUCAAUAUGCAAUCAAGAGAAAAUGUUAUGAGAAUUGAUAAAGUGAUUGCCAAUGGGAUUUGAAACUGCUUUGAUCUUUUAUCAAAUUCUCCCAAGUAAUUCUUUAAGGAAAUAUAUGGAGAUCAGUCAGGAGAAUUUGUGUGUGGAUAUUGGGGGCUUAAAGGGUUAAGGAGACAGGGAGAGGGAGCCUUUGCUGGGAAACUGUUGAAAAUUUUUAGGCUGUCAUAAGAGUAUUUAUUUUAUAGUCUUUUAAGUGUUUAAAAACUCCAUUAGAUCCUAUUAAUUUUUACUUGCUAUUUCACAGCUCACCAGCUCUUUCAUAGUUCUGUGUUCCUUGGAUUUCCUUGGAUACAGAAAGUUGUUAUUGGUCAUGUUAAGAUUAUGCUCCCUUAAUUUUGUUUGGUUUUUACUUUUUAGCCUUUAGUUAGACCACUUAUACCAAAAGUUGUGGGAUUCAUUAACCAAAUUAUAGCCAUAGAUGAGGUAGGUUGUACUUCUUGUUAUUCAUUUAAGCCCAACUGUAACUGUAUCUAUAAUUUCUCUAUAUAAUUUGUAAUCGUAAUAGAAGUGAGUGGAGUACAAUUCAGGAAGUAAUCAGGUAAGCAAUCAAAUCAACAAAGUGCAUAGCACAAGGCCAAUUUUGGAAUUACCAGCCUGAUAAUGCCUUGAUUAUACGUCACAAAAUCAUAUUACCAAUCAUUAAUAUUAUGCCAGUUUAGUGUAUACAGGGUGCAAAGAAAGUCAGUUUUAUGGCUUGCCAUUCAGGCAAGUUCCUGCUAGUAUUGCCCAAGAGUCUUUUUAACCAGCCCAGAAAUGUUUUUCAUAAGCAGUGUUGAUUACAGUUCUUCUGUAAUUUGAAUUUCUGAAAAAACUUCACUUGCCCUUCGGGCAAGUUAAGAACAGAAUUCACUAGCCUGAUUGCAAAAUCCACUAUCCCCGGGCUAUCGGACACAACUUUCGUUGCAUGUUGGUAUGAUAUAAUUUAAGUACAAAUUAAAUGUAAGCAGUUCAUCAGAAACCUAUCUCAAAUAAAAGUCAUCUUUAUUUCUUUGAAUAUGUUAUUGGUUGGCAAUAAAUUUCAUUGGCUAGUGACAUUUGCAGCUUUGGUUUCAUUGGCUAUUUAACUGUGGGAAUUUCUGGGAUUUGAGACCUUUUUUACGCUAAAUAAAUUGUCAUUAUGACUGGAUUAAGCAACUCUUUCUUCCCUAAUAUAAUAAUAUUGAUACCUUUUUCCUUGUUGUCUUAUUCAGGAUAAAGCAUGUGAUGCAAUGGAAAUAUUUGAUGAACUGGUGGAGUCUGAAGUCAGUAUUGUGACUCCUCAUGUGAAAGCUCUGAUUGAGUUCUGUCUUCAGGUGUGUGACCUCUUGAAUGUUUUAUUUACAGUGUGUCAAAUUCAUGGCACUGAUCAGUUUUUGCAAGGGGGUAAAUGAAAAUAGCUCAUGUCUGGGUGCAAUACUCUGCCUAAAUUAAAUGACUUGGAAUUCCGGCAUAUUUCACUGGCUUCAAUAUCCUUCUCAUUGUCAAUCCCUUGUGAAAAAUUUCUUUUUGGUUCUAUUUUUGUCUCUUAUCUAAAUUCUAUUCUCCCUUGUUUUGGGGUAUGGCGAUGCAUCUAUGAAAACAACUUUGAAACGAUAGAAAAUGGAAUUUAAACCAUGGAUCAAUGAAUAAUUGAACCGCAACAGUUAUAUUUUAACUUCCUUGAUAUGCAAAAUUUUUUGCAGAUUGCUAGUAAUUCAUCUUUAGGAGACAAUUUAAGAAUAAAAGCUCUCCACUUUGUGAGCUGGCUUGCAAGAAUAAAACCUAAGGUGGGUUAAUUAGAUUUUUCCUGUUUUCUUUUUUCAUGAUAUGUUUUAAAGUCCUUGAAAGUUAGAACUGUUGGUUAUAAUUUUUCCAUGCUAGGUAAGUUUUAAGAUAGGUUUAAGUUUGGAUGCAGAUUUAAAUCAUUGUGGGAGAAGGUACUGUUGUGUUACAAUUGCGACAGAAGACAUGGCCAUAAAACAGCUUGAUGAAAAACAGCUGAAAGGGCAAAUGACACAAAGAUGGGUAAGGAUCAAAACUGUGCCACUGACAUAAACAAGUGCAAAUACAAUAGUACAUGUAUUUUCAUACUAUGGUUUCUUCCCCAAUAUGAGAAUCAAAAGAUUUUGAAAUUGAGAAUAGAGACAUUAUGGUAUUAGUAGACAAUUUUAUUGUUUUAGUGAAAAAUUAGGUUAUCCUUUGGCAAAAUAAUUUUGCUCAUUACAGGCACUGGUAAAGAACAAACUUCUCUUGCCAACCUUAUCAGUUAUCUUCCCACUUAUGGCAUCGCCACCAAAUGAAGAUGGUGAUUUUGAUGAGGAAGAAGAAGAUGAUGAAGUGGAGGAUGGAACAGAAGCCAGCCGACCUUGUGCUGUGGCUUCACAGGUAAAGUAGGCUAUGGUGAAUGCACCACUAUACAUUAAAUUUCCUUUCUGUUAUUCUUUACCAAGCUUUUUCUCUCAACUACUAAUCUGGGAGAGUGAGGAUGAAGCAGUUGUUUUGCGUUUGGGCUGGUACAGGAGUUUCACUGCAAGCUAGUUACUAGUAUGGUACUUGUCUUCUGAGCAGGAGGUCGUGAGUUCAAAGCCCAGCUGGACCAACACUCAGGGUCUUUAAAUAACUGAGAAGAAAGUGCUGCUUUGUAAUGACAUCUGCAAAUGGUUAGACUGUCUAGUCUUCUUGGAUAAGAACGAAAAACCGUUGGUCCCAUUUCACAUCACUUUCACUUACUGGUUCUUGUGGGACAUACAUGUAAAAGAACCCACACCACUGUUUCAAAAAGAGUAGGAGACGUAGACCCCAGCGGUGUGGCCAACCUUUCCUGGGCUGGGAGGAGAGAUCUUAAUAUAGGCAUAACGUCAUGAUCCUCCUUCAGGUGUCCCAAUGGCUACGUGAUGUAUGGUCUACUGUCACCCAAUGCUGACUUCCACACCCUUCCCAUUCAGCCAUCACCAACAAACUGUUGCAAAAAUUAUUGUAAUCCCUAGGCCUGUAAGCUGGUGCUUGCCUUCCACCUUUAUGACAAUGCUGUCAGCUCCAUUCUUUAUCCUAACAUUUAUUAAUGUGAAUGAAAUCUGUAAUGAAAUCUGCAACCAACCGCCACCUGGUUAGCUCAGUUGGGAGAGCGCCGGUCUACUGAGCGGGAGGUCGCGGGUUCAAACCCCGGCCGGACCAACACUCAGGGUCUUUAAAUAACUGAGGAGAAAGUGCUGCCUUUGUAAUAAUAUCUGCAAACGGCUAGACUCUCUAGUCUUCUCGGAUAAGGACGAUAAACCGUAGGCCCCGUCUCACAAGCCCUUGCACAUGUAUUAAAUCUGUGGGACGUUAAAGAACCCACACACUCUUCGUAAAGAGUAGGGCACGUAGUGCCCGGUGUAGUGGCCUAUCUCACUUUCACACUCAUGUAUGGGGGCAUCAUUACUCAUUCCUUCACUACUUGUAAACUGCACCUUAAGCAGUCUGGCAAAGUCCCCCAAACAGUGUUGUAAAUUAUCCCUGAAAAGCCCUGAGGGGAGUGGAUAAUAAGAUAUUUACAAUUUACAAUUUACAAUUUAAAUAAUUUAAUCAUUUCUGUUGUUGUUUCCUGACCCAAAGCUAUAAAAAUGUGGCUGUUUGCUGAACUAUGAUUGCUUUUUUGUCAGGUUCUGGAUAUUCUUGCCCUUCAUUUUCCUCCCGAGUCUGUUAUUCCGCCGCUGGUGAGUAAAUAAGUUAUGUUUAUUAUGUUUUGUCAGGCCAACAAAUUGCAGUGUAACAGAAUGAAGAUAUCCAGGCGUGGAUGUAGGAUAAAUACUGGCCGAUUUCGUAAACAAGCGCUGGAGGUGCAAGAAGUGUUCCCCUCUGAAAAUGUUUUGGAUUUUAACUCCGUGAAGUCCCCUUUCCUGGGUUUCUGAUUCAUUCAGGCAGGAAAUUGGCCAGUUCCAUUCUCCGUGGAUGAAGCCUUGCAAAUCAGUGGAUUAUUUCAUCAAGAUCAAUUUAUUUAUUUAUUUAAUUAUGAAAAAUUUGACUGAUUUCCAUAAAAUGGUGGAAAGCGGUAUAGAUCCGUGACUGAUAUCACUGAAGAGGCUGAAUAUUAUGAAUUUGAUUCUUAGACUCAAAAGUUAGAGCUAGUACAUUGUGUCUCCUUAGCUGACUCUUGAAGUAAAGGGUUAAGUUUUGCUAAUCAUAUAGAUGCAGUUUGUCACGCCAGCUCUUAACAGUGAGGACCCAUAUCAUAGGAAAGCAGCACUAAUAGCUCUGGCAGUACUGGCUGAAGGAUGUGCAGACUACAUUAGAAACAGGUUGGUGUUUUGCUGUAGAUUCAUUCUAUUUACUUGUCAUUCUAGUGUUUUGUAGCCAGUUAACUUAACCAAGGAAUUGUUGUUCACCUGUUUGAAAAAGUGUCAGCUUGAUUUAUCACUUGUAAAUAAGGAAUGAAAAGAAACUUUUUCAGUCCUUUGUUUCUAUAUAUUUAGCUUGGUUAUUUUCCAGAAUAAAGUUAUUGUUCUUUGAAUUAAUUAGUAUCACCGACAAUUUCAGGUAUUUUGAAUUGUUACUGUUAUUUCUCUGGUAAAGCAUAAGAACCGUGUUAAUUCUGUGUUAAUCAUUUGGAGUCCUGCAAAUACCCCAUCAAUACUACUCUUAAUCUAGUGGCAAUGCAGUUAAAUUAAAAUAACCUGUUGGAUUUCAGAUACCUGCAAGCUGCCUUACAGACCAUUUGCAGAGGUGUGGUUAAAAACAGAAAUAAAUUUAAGUUCCUAAUAUAAACAGUAAACAGCAUGAUAAAAGUUCAUUAUGUGUACACUAGCCAUUUCAUUCAUUUGUUGCUAUUCUAAGAAACUGAGUCUUCCCUCAUUGAUAAAGCUUUUUUCACUGCCAUUUUGUUGUAUUGAAGGUCUUUCAGAUGAAAAUCAUUUAGUGCAAAAUGCUGCUCUGUUUGCUUUGGGUCAAUACUCAGAGUAUUUACAGGUGAGGUGAUUUGUUCCUUGUCAGUUCCCGUACAUCUAAAAGAUCUAAUAAAUGUGCCGGGGUCAAAUGCUAACAGCUUUUUCCAUUCCCAUUCAACGGUUAUAAGAUUCAGAGUUUUUCGUGUCUGAUUAGUUUUUCUUUUUUCCUUAAAGCACUCUUGCGAAUGACAACAUACCAUCACUAAAAAAAGUGUUCACGACUGUCUUGGUUAUACACUGCAAAUUUAAAAAUCUACCCAUUUGCUGUUGUGUCCCUUGUUUAAGUAUAUGUAGCCGGGUUCUUUUCAACCAUUUACCCACUGUUUGUAUUCUGUAACUUUAUUUUCAGUAAGUAAGUUUAUUUAUCGCCGAUGACGUGGGGGAGUGGUAGCCCAGUCUCCCAAGCUGGGCCUCACGUAUAAAACGCUCGACCGAAGGAAACAAUCAUUAAAACAACUACAGUUAGUAAUUAUGUAAAAUACAAUUGAAUAAUGGAUAAUUAAGAUAAAUUAGGUAUAAAAUCCUAUAAAAUAUCUACUAUAUAAAUUCAAUUAAAAAUGGACCUGAUUUAAAAAGCUAUGGGGUAAAGAUAAAAAGUAUAAAAUGUAAUUAACACUAGAUAAUUUACAAUAAACAAAGCUACAAAAUACAGCUAUUAUAUGACAUCCUUUACAUUUUUGAUUUUUGAUAGAUAGGCAGGCACCGUAAGUGACUGAGUUCCCAAAGUUUAAAAUAGAUCUUAAUGCAUAAUGAUUGGUACAUUCAAGUUUGUAGUUCAAUGUUGGCAAAAUCCCCAGCAGCAGUGGAGGACAGUAUUCAAAGUUCGGUAGCGUAUAGGCUUUGUAUAAGGUGAUCAUGACAUUUGAAGGAACCAGUCGCUUUAUUCUACGCAAUACUGCAAGUUAAGCAUAGGCUUUUUUAGCAUCAUGUCCGUAUGAGGCUUGUAAGACAGAUCCUUGUCCAAAGUGACGCCAAGUAUUUUAAGAGUAGGCUCAAUGCCAAUGAUCUGAUCCUCCACUGAUGAGCGGUAUGUUAACUGGGAUUUGCCCAGAGUCGUUGCUUGAGUCUUAGCUUCAUUGACUUGUAAAGAGAUUAACGGAGAGCCACUGGGUCAGUUUGAUAACAUCAUUAUUCAAAGUAGAUACGAGAACAACGGCAGACUAGUCAUCUGCAUAGAGGCGAAAUUACAACAUAUAUGAAGGAAAAGUGUCGACUUUUUAUGAUUAAGUUCAUGAAUACACUGUUUUUUCUCUUUGAACGUUUUGUUGUCUUAUAGCCCGAUAUGUAAAGUAUAUAUUUUUAAUAUCUUGUCAUUGUAAUUUUUCUAGAUAUUUUUCCUGUAACAUCAGAUAUGUAAUUUUUCUGCUUUUUUGAGCGAUCUUGUGAAUUCUUCAGAUGGUGGAUAAAGAUACAGUGCAGAUAUCCUGCCUCUUCUGUUUGAGCGACUUGUGAAUUCUUCAGAUGGUGGAAAGACUUCAGUUAGCAUAACAAGAACUUAUUAUGCUCUUGAAACAUUCUGUGAAAAUUUAGGUAAUCUGUCGGAUAUAAAUAGAAUAAAUACACUGUGAAUCAAAAAAGAUCUUUUGUAGCCCCAAAAAUGGGGCCGUUUCGGUGGGUACCCUUAAAUCAGGGCCAAUACAGUCCCAAUUACCAGAAUAGGCCCCAGUGUGGGCAUGAAUAGGUAUUUGAUGGGGCUGUGUUUAAAUACCUCUAGGAGAUGCUGAAUCAGACUUUGGCUUGCCGGGGGCUAAAUUGGCACUUUGUGGCGAAAACAGAUCUUUUUAUUUUACAUUGUAUAUAUUUAUAUAACUAGAAGUAAUCACUGAUUAAAGAUCCGCUUUCGCCACUUACGCAAACGAAAUCGAGUCGAAAGGAGUCCAGUUUCCCGGCCGAGAUGCCCCUGAUAAAAUCAGUAAGGGCGGCCAAUCAGCAGUCAGGCCUGCAACACCUCGAAAAUUUUGCCUUUGUGCCACAGGAACACCAAGAAUAGGAUGCGUUCUGACGAACGCUAUUAUCUUCUUCCCUUAAGAGACUUUUCAUAGAGGUAAUGAAACAGAGUCUGGACCUCUGGAUUGCAGGUCCAACGCUCUAAUAGCUGGGAUGUGUUGUGUUGCUUGGUCUACAGAGAACAUUGCCCUGCGUUGAAGACUCUCUAUUUUUGUUAUGAUCGUUUUUAUACCUUUUUGCAGGAAAACGAUGUGUUGUGUAGCUUGGUUUACAGAGAACAUUCAUCCACUUCAUUUAUAAACAACUUAUACCGUCAUCGUUUUUAUACCUUUUUGCAGGAGAAGGAAUUCUUCCUUAUCUUCCUACAUUAAUGGAAAAACUGCUUCUUGCUUUAUCGCCAAGCACAGUAAGUAGUAACUUUGCCUCGUAGAACGUCAAGCCACUUAUUUGCAUGCUGUUCAAUCAUGAUAUCAAACGCGCGUAUUUUUUUACGGCUCACUUUUCAAGUCUUUCUUUUUUCUGUAAGAGCCUGUUAACGAGCUCAGCCGGGGUAUGAAUUUCAUCACGUAACUCCUGACGAGUUUCUGAUCCAGGUUAAAUAGGUAUAGGGAAUUAUUUCUCGCUAAGGCACAGCAUAGCAGUCAAAGAGCUGAACACGAGACUCACUUGAUCCACGCAGCGGGCUUAUUACUUUCUUGUAAUGUUCCAUGUUGCGUCGUCUUUAAUUUUCUUUCUUUGUUGUAAUGUUCCGUGUUCGGUCGUUUUUAUUUUUUGUAGAGCGCACAAAUGAAGGAGUUAGCAGUCAGUGCAAUAGGUGCCACAGGUAAUUUUGGCUGCUCAGACGACAUUUGCUCUUUUCUUUCCGAGUUUUCACAUUAUACGCCCUCCCUCUCCACUGCGCAAAAUCUUUUUUUUUUUUGACAUAAAGAUGACAAGAUUAUCUUGAUCUACACACAGAAAUUCCUUCCCUACUGGAAGAACAUUAGCCCUUUAUCUUGGUGAUUGGUUGGAUUUGUUUCCUUUUUUCUCUUUUUGUUAGGCACAGUAGUUCUUCUGCUUGGUAUGUGUUUGAAUUUGUGUUUAAAACUACUCUCUUUUUCUUAACAGCAAGCGCUGCUAAAGAGGCAAUGCUUCCUUAUUUCCCUCAAAUAGUUGAUUAUUUAAAGGUAACUCAAGAUAUUUUUUUCACGGUUUGCUCUAAAGUUAAUUUAGUAUAGAGCUUUUUCACAUGACGUCACUUUCCCCUAUAACGGUGUCCCAAACCAGUUCUGUGGGAGGUUUCUUUAGGAAACAUUUUCAUUUGUCUCAGUAAAACCUCUGUGACUCUCAUUACGCACGGCUUAGCCUGAUUGGUCAAUUUUACAGGCAGUAUUCUACGGUCGACGCUGUAAGGUGCGGAUUCUUGGUCGUAUUUUCCUGUUAAUCUAUGGUGAAAAUCUGGUCCCUAACUUACAGUAGGGACUUCGAAUUCGAUUAUGAACUGGGAACUCUUUUAAAAACUUCUUGUAUUCAUCAAAAUGGAGUCGCCUUUAUUAAACUAGUACCAACUGUCGUUCAAGUAGAUACUGCAUUUGUUCUAUAAAUUCUGACAUUCUCUCAACAGGAAUAUCUAACCAACACUGGAUCAGUUGAGAGGAACGUUUUACGUGUGCAAGCUAUUGGUAAGUGGCAAUGGUCCUACCGAACUUUAGAGUUGGUAGUAAAGCCCUGGGUCGAGCUGCUCAAAUAGGUGCUAUUGUAACUCAUAUACUCUGUUUGCGGCUAACCUCAGGACAACCGCUAACCGGGCUUCCAACAAAUUGCCCCUGGUUGUUGCCAUUUUCAUCGGUUAACUUUGCAGCUAAUUGUCCUCCACGUCCAAGGCCCUAAUUGUUGAAACGGCGGGUAGUGCAUUGUACUGUUGUAAUUACUCUCACGUACCCUCCUUUAUUGGCUACUUUGAGGUAACAUGACGUCGAUCAAAAGACCGUUUCCCGCCAAAAGUUUGUGACCCGGCAAUGAGGCGAAAUCUAUGACGUCACGGGGUAACAUUGUUUUGUUAUAUCGACGGACGACGAAUCUACCAAUGUCGUCACUGGUUCCUCUGUAUGGUGGAUAGCACUUUACCUCCAAUUUACGGAAGUGGCAGUUUAUGUGUUCCCUAUGUACUUAGUACUUGCAGUUGUUUGUUCGAAAGCUGUAACGUGACAACAAGGUUCGUAAGCCGCGUGCCACCUUCUCGCUAAUCCAUGUACCGUAUAUAUAUAAAAACAGGAAGGCGUUGAUUGUUCUUUUUAUUUGUUUGUGCGCAGAUACAUUGGGUGUCCUAGCAAGAACGAUUGGCUCAGACAACUUCAUAUCACUAGCAGAUGAAUGUAUUCAGCUUGGCCUGGUAGGUUCCAUACCUAAUAACCUUACUGUUAAACGCCAAUAUGACGCUCCACCUACAUGUUUGUCCGCCGGCCGCCGUACAGCUGGCUAAAAUCACUACUCUGUGAAGUUGACAACAAGAGUGGAUUCCAAUGUGCAGUUUCAUAGGAUUCCAGAAUCAUGAAGUUGUGUGUUUCUAUAGACCCGUUUCUAUGUGCCCUUUAGUACAAAAAUUAACAUUUCCAGGGAGACGUUCCAAUCUUUUGUUCGCACCCCCACCCCCCUUAAAGAUGGCUGGAAUCCAAACCCAUAAAUUUUUGUCGGCGCCAUUUGAAAAAUGAAAUGCGAACGGUUUAUUUUUUGUGAAGUAUAAAUGAAAUAAUUCAUUUUUGAACUGCGGUUGUCGGCGCCUUAGAAGAAAAAAUCCCAACCCCUGGGGUGCGGAAGAAAAGUGGAACGUUCUAGGAUCGUGAAACAAGGACGUUCUGCCUCUCUCUCCUAUUAUUAAUUGAUUGAUUCACUGAUUCGUCCCUUUCGUUCAUUCAUUCACUCGCUCGUUCUUUCAUUCAUUGAUUUAUUCAUUUGUUCGUGUUUUAUUUAUUUUUCUCUCUAGACACUUCUAGAGCAGGACAGGGAUCCUGAUCUCAGGAGAUGCACGUAAACAUUGUCUUUUUUUGUUAAACUUACGUAUUGAAUAUGAAAAAAAAAAAAUCCCGAAAGAAUGACAAAGUGGACGAUCUUGUUUUUGUUUUUUGUUUUUUGUUUUAAAUUUGACCAGGCUCUGAAGAUCUCAUUCUUUUCGGUGUACUGUUCAAGCUGCCAUCUUCGUCGUGUUUGCUAACUCCAGCCCAGAGGAACCGUGGCGUGUAGUUGUGGUACAUGUUAUUAUCAAAACUUCUUUUCCGUUUAUAUCUUACACAGAUAUGGCUUGUUUGCAUCAGUAUCUACAAUAUUGAAGACCAACAUGGGAAGAUAUUUAAAAGACAUCAUUAAAUACAUGAUUGAUUCACUACAAUCUACAGAGGGAAUUGUGGUAGGUCACCUCAAUCAUUGACUCUGGUGUUAAAUGAUUUGAAACCUCGUAUGUUUUACCAGCUAACUGCCAGAAUGGGGAGUGGGACCAAAGGGCGCAGUUUCGGCUUAUCGUUGUUGUUAAAAAAGAUUUCCUGUGUUGUACCUAUAUUGCGUAAACUAGAGACAGGCUCAGGCUCUAAAAAAAGUCGUUAUUUCAUCGAGCAGGACUAUCGCGCUUGACUGUAGAGUUGCAGGUCGCGGGCUCAGUCUCCUGCAGGCCGGAAUAAUACUCAUGGUCUCAAAGUAACUAGAAAAUGAAAUUAAGGUACUGCCUUUGUCUUUGAGACGGUCUCGUCUUCACUGGGAGACGUAAAAAUGGUUUUCUCUAUUAGUACUUUUCUGCUAAAAUCAUUAGCACUCCAACAAAGUGCGUUUUUAUUUGUCUUUUCUCAAAAUGUUGGAUACCAAAUGAGAACAAAUUACUGUGGCAUAAAAGACAAGAAGCAAAAAGCUACUAACUCAGAAAUUAAGAAGUCACGUUUAAUGAACGCGGGAAAACCUCUUGUUUCUCUGAUGACAGACUCACUAUGCAAGUGAGGACGACCCUAGUUUUCUACUUGAGGACGAAGACUUAGAAGACGAUGAUGAAGAUGAUGAUGAAGUCACCGGGUAUGUUUUAAAUAGACCUUUUUAUGUUUUGUUUUCCCAAACAGACCACCUGAUGUUCUAAAGAUGUGGUUAAACGGGCAGCAACAACGUGCAAAUUGUUCAGGUUGUUGUAAGUUGCGUGAAUGCUGACUUCUGAUUGAAUAAAAUUACGCAGGUGUCACGCAAUACACAGGAGUUACAGCGUCACUUGCUGCAAAGCAAGAUUGCCUUGGACCGGUAAAACGCGUAACAUGUACAGAUUUUGUUGCUAAAAUGAGAACCUCUCUCUACUUUCUGCAACAAGUUUUCGCAGCCUGCGACAACCUGAAUUGUUGGUUUGAACCUGGCCAGUAAAACGCGCAACAUCGCUGUUCAACUCGUUUUGCUGCAAUGUUGCAAAACAAGUUGCACGUUUUUGUUACCCGUUUUAGUUACCGAACCUUAAAAACCGUUACAAAUGUAAUUUAAAAGUGCAUGUGAGUGGCGCAGGGAAGGGGAGAGGAGGAAUUUACGCGCGCGAGAACGCGAAGAGCGCGUUAUCGUCACGUCUCUCGCGCACGGUUUUCUCCUCCCUUUCGAACACCUGCUUAAUAUUGGGAUUCUUAGCUGAUCCCCAGUGUUCAUGUGUCUUGUUUUAUUGUAGGUAUAGCGUAGAAAAUGCUUAUUUGGAAGAAAAAGAAGACACUUGUAACGCUUUAGGAGAAGUAGCAGAGAACUCAGGGUAAGGGGAUUGAUUUUCGAAACUCUCCUUUUCAAAUAUAUUUUGUGAUUCAAAUUUAUCCUUAUUUUAAUUUUUAUUUUCCUUUGUUUUAAACUCAUUAUCAUACAUUACCAUACCCCAAAGCAAAGGAAAAUAAAAUUUGAACCAAGGAUAAAAUUGAACCACAACAUAUACACUAAUAGCACUAAGAACAGACGGUCACUUUCCGGGGGGGGGGACUCCCCUAUGAACGGAGCGGGGAUGCUCUUCUUCUCGAUUAGGGGUGUAAAUUUCGGAUUUUGGUCCCGCUGAGUGUGUUUUGGGCAAAACGCCAUUAUAUUUAGUCGUUAAGGUCUCUUUUAGGUUUGCACGCGAAGAAAUAUUUAAAAUGGUCUAUUUUAGGGGUCAAAAAGGCUGGGCCACGCCCAGAUUGGUAUACUUUAGGGGUUCAAUUCAAUAUUUCCGACAAGCGUCCCCGCCCCUUUCAUUUGGGAGUCCCCCCCAAGCUUACUUUCACCAGACAGAGCGCUGACCAUCUUACUGUUAUUUAUUCCUUGCUACAGGAAGGAGUUUCUACCUUAUUUAGAUGAAUCAUUUAAAGAAGUCUUAAAGCUUGUACAGGUAGGAAGAGAGACUAAAAGGAGCUGUGUCCUAACGAAAUUUAUCCAAAUUCAAACAGUGGGAACUAUCACCAAACUACAAACAUAAAAAUAACCACUCAAAAAAUGGAAAAAAAAAGGUAUAAAUAACUUAACAAAUUGAAAAGGAGGACUGGCGGAUGGACAAACUUGAAGAAGAUUGAAACGGUUUGCAAUUGUGAUUUUUGAAAGCUUGUUAGCCUAACAUUUUUCAAAGUUCAUUUUAGUUGUUUUUACGUUUGAUUUAACGCACGAGAGACAUUUUUGUUUGACUCGAAGCUGUGAUUGUGUCAUUUCCAAGUAAUUUUUCAAGUUCCAUCGUGAAUAAGGACGUGUAAUUGGUAUCAUUAACAAAAUGAAUUAGUCAGCCGUGACACUAGCCUCCCACGCAAAUGUUCUGAGGGGUUGGUCACUUAGUGGGGCGGGAACGCGUGACGAACCCCUAAGAACGUCCAUGGGGAGGCUACCGUGACACAGCCCAUUUAAGAAUUUCCUGUUGUUAAUAUUAUAUACUACUUAUUAUAAACCGAGAGUGAGGUCAGUACAGGGAAAUCUAGGACCGAGGCCUUGAUGUAUUAGCGAGGUCAAUACAUCAAGGCCGAGGUCUGAGAUUUUCCUGCAAUGACCGAACGGACGAGGUUAAUAACUUACUUAUUAUAUGGCCUUUUCAUUAUGGUUUGUAAAAUUGUUAGUAAACCUUAUUGGACCUGUCAGUUUCCUCAUACAGGUGUACGGAAAGGAGCAGUCAUGGCUUUAGGCCAGUUCUGUAGCGUAUUCCAUAACCUACUGCAAGAAGCUGGUGCAGAAGACAAAACAGCCUGUAUGUUCAUAGUAGUCUUUUUGUAUAAGGCAAGCAGGGCGAGUUAGCUGAUUCUAAGGCGAGGGGGCCAUCGUUGCGCUUAAUUCGAGCUACUAUCUAAGAGCCUGGCAGAGGCGUUGCGUUUAAUUCGAGCUACUAUCUAAGAGCCAGGCAGAGGUUACGAUUACUUCCGAUCAAAUUUACUUAGCUUGUGUGUUAUUUAAGGAAACAAUUUAAAGGCACAUGGAAACAGAGACAGGGGGCCAUAGCAAUUUCGCUUAGGUUGCAACGUUGCUCAAAAGCUAUAACAAAAAGGGGGGUUCCGUAGACAGCUAGUUUCCCCCCCCUACCCACCCACCCACCCACCCACCCAAAUUGCUAGCCCGAAUACCAAAUCUUUUGUCUCCCCCUUCAUCACCAGCUGUACAAGAACAUGCUUACAUAAAAGAGUGGAGUCUGCAUAGAAUUGUUUUGCUACACAAACAUGGCCUCCGCGAAGUCAUGAGAAAACGAUCUGUUGUCUCUUAGGAGACCAGAAAUGUCAGGACUUGAGGAAAACAUUUUCAAGUGCAUAUAGGAUCGAUGUUGCUCGUCAGCUAUAAUUUUUUAACCUUUCCGUGGAGUUCGUUACAAGAUGAUACUAAUCCGUAUUAUGUUUCUUUGCAGUGCAGCGUAUGCUUAGUACGGCCAUACCAACGUUUAUCACUGUUAUAACAAAGGACAAGGACAGAUCAGUCGCCAUGGCAACACUGCAGUCCCUUAAUGAAGUUUUAAAGUCGGUCAAGAGUUUGAUCAUCGAUGAACAGGGACACCCAGAUGCUAUUGCAAAUGCUGCUAGAACAGUGCUAACGCAAAAGGUCUGUUGGUGGCAUUCUAAGUGCGUUAGGCUACUGUCAAAGUUAGUUACUAAUCUUCACUAGAAUCCAUUCAUUGGAAAGACUCACACAACCGGGUAGUGCUUAGUUAAGGGAAUGGUAUACCUCCUAGCCUGUUCACAGACCCUCAGUUUUUCUCUUUAGAGACGCUCAAGCGGGCUAAAGUAUAUAAAACCUCGGGUCGGGAUCUAUUGAUCGCAAGCGCAGCAGGGUAGGGGUGGGGAAAGAAGAAAAAAAAAAUCUUUUUCAAUUUUUUGUUCUCGUGCUCCGCGCUCGCCGAUUGUCGGAAAAACGUCUGGGUACAGGCGAUACCCCCCUCCCCCCGCCCCUCCCUUAUUGGUGACUGAGCUAGUGCUUCAACUUUGCGUGGUGUUUAUAGUGCUUCUAAGUAAGAUACCGAUAAUAAAUAAGUUAACAAUCCGAACUGAGAGAAGGCGAGCCUGUCAGUUACAUACAGGCGUGAUUUAGCGAUCAGCUCGCUUGCUUUUUGGUCAAGCUCUCUCGCGCUGAUAGCCCACCACGUUCGAUAUAUUAAAAUACUAACACGACUCCGAGGCUUUCUGGUCAUUUCUCCAUAUUUGGUUUGGUUUUCUUUGUGCUCAAGUCUCUUCUGGCAAUUGCGAAACAAUGAAGUCUUGAAAAAUUUGACCCUAAACGUGAUGUUACACGAGACGAUUCGCAACGACCAAUUUUUAGCGCAACACAGCGUUGCAACAUUGUUGCGACAUUGUUUCGAAUGGUUAGAACAUUGUUCCAACAUUGCAACGCUGUGUUGCUCUAAAAAUCGUCGUUGCGAAUCGUCCAGGCCUCAGAGCCAAUAUCGAACGUGGGCUGUUGAAAAGGAAGGAUUGUAAUCUAUAAUGAAUUAGGAAAGAUGCGUUUAUUUUUAGCCACAUUACAGCUUGAAGUUAGCAAAUAAAAGGCCUCUGACGUUUCGUUUUAGACUGCCUGUCAGCAAGGCGAAGACGAUGACAUUGAUGAUUCUGACCAACAGGCCGAGUUUGAUGCUAUGUUGAUCGAAUACGCAGGAGAUAUUCUUCCUUCGCUGGCUACUGCCGUAGGCGGCCCCACCUUCGCUCCAUACUUUGCGGGCUUCUUACCUCUGUUACUUAAGAAAACGGUACGUAAAGUGUCUCACAGUUUACGCAAAGGUUCUUAUGGGUAAUCACGCAAUUCUUUCAGGGAAGAAUUGUAGGACGACACAAAAGAACGUCUGUGUAGAAGGCAGUGUCACGCGUAACAGGGAAUAUCUUUUGGGGAAGGGUGGCGCCGUUAAGCUCAUGGCUGAGCAAGAGGGGAGGUACCCUGCUCCUAAUCACGAUCUUUACAUUUAGAAAGGCUUAGUGAAAGUCAUGUACGAGUUACAGCCAAUAGUAUUGAGGCAAUUUUAAUUAUUAUUAUUAUUAUUAUUAUUUAUUUGUUUCAACAUUCUUGAGGUUUUUCUCAUACAUUAGGUAAAACAUUUAAUAUACUACAAGUAGUUCCUCGUUUCUCUCACGCAUACUUUUAUGAGGGCGAGCGAAAUACGCUAGACCGCGUUAAAAUCGCUACCCAUGAAAAGUGAGGCGCGAAAGUAAAACAGACCUUCCUCGCGGGAGAUCGCCGGUGGCAAUUUCACCCGCUUUUCUGUCUUCGCUCGCUCUACUUUCUCUGUGAAAAAUGAGGGACUAUUCGUAGUUUAAAGACCCAAUACUGUGUCUUGCAACCCAAUAAUGAAAACUUACGUUUUUCAUGAACUUUAAAACACUACUCUUCACUGUUCACAUUGACAAAAGGUAAACUUAACAAAUGGCGAGGAGAUGUUCGUUUACUACGUGCGCUCAAAAAUUAAACUCUAUUUCCGUUUCCGUUCCUACAUGUAAAGAAUCUUUGCUAAUCUAUUUUUCAUUCUCUUCCUUUUUUAGAGGAAAUCUUGUCCGGUUUCUGAUAAAUCAUUUGCCAUUGGAACUAUUUCAGAGGUAAAGCUCAUUUUGAUAGUUUAUUUAACGAGUGUACAAUCCUUAUCAUCUAGAAUUCGUUUCUUUUCCUAUUUGUCUUUGUUACUAUUAUCAAAAUGUUUAAAUAAACCGAAAGGAAGAUCGUACAUAAGCUACAUAGGUACAGGGAAACCGAGCUUAAGUUGUUUGCUUUUUUGCAGUAACACAGCAGAGCGUUAAAUCGCUUUCCGUUCCAUAUUCAGCUGCCACCAGCUUCCACCCUACCCAUCCGUACUAACUGAAAAUCGUCUCUUUACUCUUCUUCUAACUCUUCUUAGGAGAAUUUGUUUGAAAUCAAACCUUUAUCCUCUGGUCAUCAGUCUCAUCCUGCUUGUGUCUGGUUUAACUCUUCCACUUCCUGACCAAGUAAUUAUGAGAUGAUUUGUAGCUCUAACUUUUGGGUCUAUGGAUGAAAUCCUAUGGUGUUACCAUUCAAAUGAAACCUCUUCAGCUGUACUUUCACAUGGUACUAUUUAUUUAAUAUGUAGCUCUAACUUUUGAGUCUGUGGAUGAAUUCCUAUGGUGUGACCAUUCAAAUGAAAGCUCUUUAGCAGAACAAUUGCGUGAUGCUAUUUAAUAUUUGGAUUGUUCAAGAGGAAAUUUGGAAUUUGUUGUGAAUUUUUACUUUGGCCACUGCUUGGAGUAAAGAGGUUAAGCAGUGAUAUUUUUAAAAGAAAUAAGAUGCUGUUUCCUCUAAAGGCUCAAAAGGAUAAGUGUUGUUUUGCAGUGGCACAGCGCGUCCUACCCUCGAUAAGUUUGCUUUUAGCCGACUUCCCCUUAAAUAACCAAAGAGCACACUAAAAUAAAUGUAACCAAAGCGAUCGUAAAAUAUUUUCCCUUAAUACGUUCCGCCUACAGAUACUCCUCGCCAUGGGACACGCCAUAGCCCCUUUUGUCCAGCCUCUGUUCCCAGUUUUCAUGACGUCACUAAAGGACGAAGACGAUGAAGUUAGGAGUAACACCAUCUAUGGACUGGGUCUCCUGGCAUUCUAUGGUGGAGAUAUCAUGUUACCGUAUCCUUUCAACCGUAGUGCAAUUUUACCGGGAUUGUUUUUGGUUUUCACAACCUAGAGUGGCCUAUAGAUCCUUUUCUCUCACAUAGCUAGCAUCUAUGCAAAUUUAUUGGAGCAAAGAAAGCGUUUGCGUAUGAAAUAGGUUUAAUUCCCACAGGAUUGGUUUGGUACACUAACAUGGCAGCUGUUUUAUUGUUUUGGAACACCAAUAUGGCCGCCGUGACGUCAUGUGAAAACGCUUUAUGUUAAAAAUCAAAAAUAAUCUUUGAAUUCCUUAGACUACAAGGAAACCACUACCCCACCCCCUAUGAUCUUUUAUAGAAGAAUUGAGACGUGCUGAAAGCAACUAGCAUUAUUUGCAACGAGACAAACGAAACUUCUGCACGAACGCGUUUACAAGGGAGCGGUUCUGGCCGGUUGCAAUCAUUUUUUCUACUUUCUCGUCACUCUAUCAUUUAUAGCAUUUUGGAGUUCUGCAUCACGUGAUAAAUUGGUCAUUGCGAGAAAUUUGGUGGUUUGGAAAUUCGACUGAGUGUUUUCCCGUUCAGUUAACUCUUUAAGUUUCUAUGAUAGAGACGACUACGAUCACGAGAUCUGACUAUACUAAAAACAAAAAAAAGUCCUUCCUCGAUCACAAAAUGAUAAAAUUUAAUAUUUGAUCACUUUUUACCGUUACUAUAACAUUUUCGCUAAAACCCUUAGUAGAAUGACAACGGCUAUCACGUUUUCCCGCCAAAAUGACGCUGGUUCACGCGCGCGCACCACUUAGUAUUGAGAAAUCUCGUUCUUGUAGUCGUCCUCGUCUUAGAAUUAAAGGUCUCUAAUAAAAAGACCUGUGUUUCCUUGACUAUUCUGACUGCAGUCAUUAUCAGAACGUUUUAGAAUCGCUCUUCGUUAUCCUGUCUCAGAACCAACCUCCUCGAGUUGUGGAUAACAUCUGUGGUGCUGUCUGUAGGAUGAUCAUGGCAAAUAGGAAUUCUAUUCCCCUGGAAAAGGUUUGAAAAGACCGUUAGUACUGUGAUGUCAUAUGCAUAAAGGGUCUGGGAGGGUCAGGGGUGGUGGGCCUCUGCCUGAUGUAGUAGACUCGCGGAGACUGGGUCUAGAAACUAGCCAAAAAUAAUCUCGUAAACGCCUCCGCGAAAUCAUAAGGGUAGUAAGCAUAACUUAAAACAAAUCUGCAGGCAAGCACAUUCUCGAAGGCUGAAGAGUGUCUACAAAGAGUACUGAACAAGCUGGAAUGGAAUUGCUAACUCUGGCUAGUAAGUACGGUUUAUCAAAAAUAUGCUAUGUUCAGAAAAAGAAUAUUGUAGCAGUAGCGAACGUGUUUUGCCAGUCUUAAAUGUCGCAUUGCCAAUUACACUAUUUUCAUACUUACAUGGUAACAACUUUGCCUGUUUUACAAAAUGCAAAUUUGCUUUAAAAUUGGCUGCACUGUUCGACUGAAUUUUCUUUCAAAUCUCUUCACGUUUUUCCAUUCAUAUCAUUCAGGUGGUUAUCCAUUCUUUCAGGUUUUCCCGGGAAUUCUCCAAUGCCUACCGUUGAAGGAAGACUUCGACGAAAACCAUCCUGUUUACUCGUGCAUCAUAGAGUUGUUUAGCGAUCAACACACGCUUAUCCGGCAGUUCCUGCCACAACUUCUAGCGGUGUUUUCUCAAGUUCUUCCCUCGGGAACUUUGCAGGAAGGUAAGUUCCCCCGGGAGAGUGAGGGUUAGGAAUUACUCGUGCAUCAUAGUUGUUUAGCGAUGAACACACGCUGAUCAGGCGCUGCCUUCCACAACUUCAGCGGUGUUUUCUCAAGUUUUUCCCGCGGGGACUUUGCAGCAAGGUAAGCUAUCGGGGGAGGGGGAUACUCCCUAUAAUGGCCUAUACGGGGUGGCUCCGCCCGAACGGGGUACCCUUAUCAGGCUUCAGGUAUAUAAAAGAGUAGGAAAUUCACUUGUUGAAGUGUAUGAAAUCUGUCAUUUCGGUCUGUAAAAAGUCUCAAGGGCCAACAGAUGGGCUCCUAAUGGCUGUUAAAAAGUUGAGAAAAGGUUCUGGUUUUGUGAUUUAUUCAUAUUUAAAAGACAGUGCAUUUACAGCAGUUAAAAGGCGUGGAAAGUUCUAAAAUAGGUACGUAAAGGGGUACCAUUUGUCAACGGAAGGUAUAUGAAAGGGGUACGUUUUCUUUCAAAAUGGGAGCCUCCUUGUAUAACACUUUGCUUAGUACCCAACGUGGCUAAGUUAGCUCUGAGAUAAUUCAUUUAUCACAUGAUAGUCAUAAUGGGUAAUAAGAGGCUAUAUGAAAAACGUUUGGACAGUAAUCUAGGUUAAGGAGGUUUCUUACAAAAGAAGAGCUCCAAAUGGUAGACUCCUUGGCAAACUUUCAAAGCUCAUUUGACGCGCCAAAAUCAAUGUUUCGUAGGAAUGGUCCGCAAUGCGGAAUAGAGCCUAUUUUCCGGUCGUCUUUUUGUUAAAGAUGAAGGACAAAGGAAAGUUUAGUGAAACCCUUGUACUCUUAAAAUUACACACAUCUUUAAAAUUUGAGUAAUAAUUUGGAAAAUGAAUAGUUAUUGUUGUAGUUAUGGAAUUGAGUUUCACAAAGAGACUCAAUGCUCGAACCACAAACCAACUAAAUUAAUAAUUAUCAAUGAAAAAGUCCUAUUUUAAUGAUCACAACAAAGAGUUUCGUCCACAGCAGAGUGAAAUGUUCGAGCUAGUUGCCAAAUAAAUAGCAUCUUCUUGAAGUUCUGAGGGCGUUUCACCUGAGGGUUUUAUUUACAGACUCAAGAGUUAGAUAUGCACUAGAUUUUUCUAUAAUGUGUAUAAUUUACCAAGGAAGUGAAGUAGUUUGCAUUUUCGGUAAGAUUGACCUGAUAGUUCGUUACAUUUUCAGGCAUCCGUGCUGGACUCAUCAGUAUGGUACAAUCAAUUCAGCAUCAAUCACCACAAAGAUUUCAGAACAUUCUGGCAGAAAUGCCUCCAGAGCAUGCUCAGGUGCUUGUAACCGCGGUCUCUCUGCAGGCACCUGGUUGACAACAUCUUAGUUUAGCGGACAACGCUGAUUGUUGUGCAUAAAAGUUGUGUCUGAAAAGACCAACGUCUCUCCAAGGAUCACGCUUAUUUUUCCAGUUCCAAGCUUUGAUGUAAAGUUUUGGUUCGGUUUCAUCUUGCCGAAGCCGUUUACGUCGAGAUGGUGGGGAUCAGAUUUGGUAUGACUUAUACCAUAUGAUAUGACCAAUCUACUCAAUCGUAUCUCGAAAACUUGAAUACUGCUGGGGAAUUUUUCGUCACAAUUUAAAUCACAGAGGAAACAAACUGGGUAUCAAUUGAUUUUUAGUUCGGCGGCCAUCAAUUACACAUUCGCACAAAAUGAAAAAUGCGAGGAAAGGGAAACUAGUGGUUUAUUUUUCAUCGGCAUGGUGCCUGCCCUUCCUACUCAUGAUUCAACUCAACUGGGACAUGCAUUCACUACGUACUUCAAAAGGCAGCUGUGACUAAAAUAACCAUUCCUCGAAAUGUAUGUUAUUUAACUUGAUGUUACCAUCAUAUUUCGCGACGCGCGUUGUAUAACUCACAUGAAAUUCUAAAUAAAUACGUCUUCUUGUAUAACUUACCCUUCGAUCGUUCACCCUCGAACAGCACACUAAUAAAAAUGGAGCAGUAACCAGGAGUACUAAGAGAGUAAAAUGUAUCACAAAAAGCGUCAUCUGGUAGAGUUUUAAAGACAGCGAACUUAAAGCUUCCAGUGUGAAGCCAUUAUAAAUUAAUAUACAUAACGCAGGAUUGGAAAAAUAUGUGCUGAAGGGUUGUGUG